AUGACGGUGCCAAAACGUUAUCUUCGGGUGGCAGUAAUUUUGGCGCUCUUUCUGGGUCCGCUUUUACUCUUAAUGAUGUUUUUGGACUAUAGCCACGGGGCCUUGUCUUUAGUCUCUAGCACGAUCUCGAUGAUUGAUUCAAAAGACCUGGCUGGCUAUAAUAGCGCCAGAGUCAUUGAGGUGCUGAAGAUUCUCCCGCAAGAUGAAAGGCUAAUUGUUUCUGUCGGUUUAAUGACAUGCCUCUACGUAGGAAAUUUCGGGGAGGUUUGCCCGUCGCGAUACAGAUGGACUUUGAGAAGUUCAGGUGAAGAUGUUAUUGAAGUUGCCAAUCUUAGAGUCAUACAAAAGGACCUAACGCGAACAACAAGAAUCAAGCUGAUGGGUGCGUCGCAUUAUCUAUUCUACGAGACGAUUUCGAUAUCGCAGGCCAUCGAAUAUCUCUCCAGCUCACCGCAGCCUAUUCACGCAUUGGGGGACUUCAAUUCGUAUAUGCCGAAAGGGCUCACGGACAUUUACGAUAAUAUUGUGUGGUUUUAUUCCUUAGACGAAAAAGGCAUGCAAGACGGGAUCUUUGCUAGUGAUAUCGACGUGCUAUUUGGCACCGACUGCGUCGACCCCAGACUAGAGUGGCACUUGUCAAAAAAAAGUCCCUUACGGCUAGGCCGAACCGCAAAUAGUUUUGUCUCUUUGAAAAAGCCUUUCGCCGUUGCGGAGCCCAAAGACAUGCCAAAACUACGAGUAGAUGGUCAAAAUACGUUCAAAAUUGUUCAGCUAGCCGACCUUCACUUCAGUGUUGGGGAAGGUCGCUGUCGCGAUGAGUUUCCAAAGCAUGACGAAUGCCACGCUGAUCCUAAAACGACAUCUUUCAUAGAACAGGUCUUGGACUCGGAGAAGCCAAACUUGGUGGUUUUCACAGGCGAUCAGAUUAUGGGGGAUGAGUGCUUUCCGGACUCUACAUCGGCACUUCUCAAAGUCGUGGGCCCGGUUAUCGAAAGGAAAAUUCCAUAUGCCAUGGUGUGGGGAAAUCAUGACGACGAAGGAAGUCUUGAUAGAUGGCAACUUUCACAAUUAGCACAAUCAUUGCCUUAUUCCAUGUUCAAAACCAGCGACAAGGAUACCAAUGAUAAUACUUUUGGCGUAGGAAAUUAUGCGCAUCACAUCUAUGACCAAAAUGAUAAUCCGAUCUCUGCGUUGUAUUUCCUCGACGCACAUAAAUAUUCCCCGAAUGCUAAGGCGUACCCAGGGUAUGACUGGAUCAAAGAGGAGCAGUGGAAAUACUUUGAGCAAUACGAGAACUUUUUCCCGAAUCAGAACAAGUCUCUUUCAAUGGCAUUCUUUCACAUUCCACUUCCGGAAUAUUUAAACUUUCAAUCCAAAAACUCCCCCGACUAUCAAAAUCCCAUGGUCGGUAAUUUUAAGGAAGGAAUUACAGCACCUAAAUACAAUUCCCAGGGCUUGAAGACUUUGCGGCGACUAGGUGUUAAAGUAACUUCUUCUGGACACGAUCAUUGCAACGAUUUUUGUCUGCUCGACGACUCGAUUUCGCCAGCUAACGAGGACAAAAUUUGGUUAUGUUUCGGCGGCGCUGCAGGUGAGGGUGGGUACGCCGGUUACGGUGGAACGGAACGUAGAAUUAGGGUCUUUGAGCUGGAUUUUACCGCAAACAAAAUUUCAAGCUGGAAAGUCUUGAACAGCUCUCCCUCACUUCCGUUCGAUCGCCAAGUACUGGUUACCGAUGGCGUUCCAAAAACUGAUUCACUUGCAUGA